CUCUGCCCCCCCCCCCCCCCCCGCCCCGCUCUCCUGCAUCCCUCCUGUCCUUCGGCUGUCUCUUUCCUCCCCGACCGUGACUUUGCAGCCCUCGCAGCGGCCCGGUAUUGCUCUCCUACCUGUCUUUGCUGGCAUGUGCCCGGCCCCUUCCCACUGACUGCUUCUUCUUCUCUGCCUCGCAGUUCGCGUUAGGAAACCCCGGUUUCUGAUUAGCCUCUGGGAAAUGUAAAGUCCUCCAGGACCCCGACCCUCUCCUCCUUUGGGACAUCGGAACCAGGUAAUGCGAGUGCACGUCCGACUCCCCUGGCACGCAGCUCACCUGAGGUCUUGCUCUGCCGCCCGACGGGUGCCCCGAACCUCACCUUAUUUUGCCUGUGGCUUGAGGUCCCGAGGGAAGGCUCCCGGUCUCUUCCUUUCUUCUUCCCGCCGGGAGGCCAGACCACAGAUCGGGCCGUCCCCCGCCAGCCCCAGCCGUGCGGCUCACUCGGGUCCUGCUGCUUAUGAAAGCAGUUGGAGGAAAGCUUCGUAUCUGGGCUCCUGAGUCUGCUUCCCCGCAGGAUCUGAAAUCGCCUUCUCGCCCUGUUUUGAUCUCAUGGGUCCCGCGGGUCCAUUACUACUCUGACACAGUAACCACGGAGGGAUGCUUUUGACAAGGAAGAGACACUGCCACGAGUGGAGGGUGGGUCUUCGCCGGAGGGCUUGGCGAGUCAAACUAUCCAGAAUUUUCCCGCUUGGCCUCUGGGCCUUUACACCGGGGCCGUUGGGAAGAGAACAGGGGUCAGGGGGAACGGAACUUGAUCGCAGGGGUGAGAACGCACAUAACGGGUUAGUCUCCGAACCGGGCGGAGAAGCUGUCUGGGCUCCCAUGUCCCUCCAGGGACUCCACGGCUGGGCUCCUGGGCUCCCUGUCUCCACUGCGUCGUGCUCACACCCUGGCACGGGCUCAUGACCCUGGAAAUGCGCUGCAGGCAGGGAGCGGAUGUUUACUUAUUGAACGGGGUGUCUCCCACCGUGCAGGUCUAUAUCCACAUCUUACUUACUCAUUGCAACUCUUUGUGGUAAUACAAUUGGCUCCAUUUCCCAGGCGAGCAAAUGGAGUCUCAAAGGGCUUUGCAGAGACCGGCCGUCAGGGACUUAAGUGGUCCUGUGUUCCGGCGACAUGUGUGAUUGUGCCCUUCCACGGGACGUUUCUCCGGGUCCCCUUUCCCCUCGGCCCUGGCUGGCCCUCACGGUCCCAGGGGGUCAGCCACCCCACAUCACCACCAGCUCUCGUUCCCACUCUGGAGCAGCGUGAAGAUUUUCACUCGAGUGCUUCACUGAACGAUGCCAUUUGAAGUGCGGCUUCUGCUGAUAAGCGUGGGACCAUCUGCUUGGCACAUCUCAAAUAUUUUCAGCAGUGGGAGAGCGGCUCUGAUUUCUCCAGAGAAGGGAGGCUGAAGCCAUCCUUGGAGCUGUGGGGACCGGAGACCCCGCAGGCUGGGCCCCAGGGCCCCAGGAUGCGAACGGACAGCGUCCCCGCUGCCACCUCUGACCCUCCCUGAGCAAAUGGAACUAAAAAUUACCUGAAGAGCCCCUGCCCCCCAGCCUCCUCAUGGAGGUGUCGAACAUGACAUCGUCUGUUGAUGAGAAGUCCAUGAACACCUCGAUUGCCAGGAACACCUCGGUCGGGGACCUGCAUCGGGAAAUCCCGGUCGUGCAUUGGGUGAUUAUGAGCAUUUCCCCUCUGGGCUUUGUUGAAAAUGGGCUCCUCCUCUGGUUCCUCUGCUUCCGGAUGAAAAGAAACCCCUUCACCGUCUACAUCACCCACUUGUCUAUAGCAGACAUCUCACUGCUCUUUUGUAUUUUUAUUCUGUCAGUCGACUAUGCUUUAGAUUAUGAGCUCUCUUCUGGCUAUUACUACACGAUUGUCACAUUAUCGGUGACGUUUCUGUUUGGCUACAACACGGGCCUCUAUCUGUUGACGGCCAUUAGCGUGGAGAGGUGCCUGUCUGUCCUGUACCCCAUCUGGUACCGAUGCCAUCGCCCCAAGCACCAGUCGGCGUUUGUCUGUGCCCUCCUGUGGGCACUGUCAUGCUUAGUGACCACCAUGGAAUAUGUCAUGUGCAUUGACAGUGAAAGACAGGGUCACUCUCGAAGUGACUGCAGGGCGGUGAUCAUCUUUAUAGCCACCCUGAGCUUCCUGGUCUUUACUCCUCUCAUGGUGGUGUCCAGCACCAUCCUGGUGAUUAAGAUCCGCAAGAACACGUGGACGGCCCAUUCCUCAAAGCUGUACAUAGUCAUCAUGGUCACCAUCAUCAUAUUCCUCAUUUUCGCCAUGCCCAUGAGGCUCCUCUACCUGCUGUAUUAUGAGUAUUGGUCAGCCUUCGGGAACUUGCACGACAUUUCUCUUCUCUUCUCCACCAUCAACAGCAGCGCCAACCCUUUUAUUUACUUCUUUGUGGGCAGUAGUAGGAAGAAGCGGUUCAAGGAGUCCUUAAAAGUGGUUCUGACCAGGGCUUUCAAAGAUGAAAUGCAACCCAGGCGCCAGGGAGACAAUGGCAACACCACCACGAUUGAGACUGUGGUCUGAGCACCGUGGCAGGGAACAGUGGACAAAAUGGUGGGACACAGAUCAUUUGUACCUUGUGCUUGGAAUACCACUUCCAUAUGUCCUAAACAAGACACAGAAGGACACCCCAUCCCAUGUGCAUGAGAGACUAAUGAGGAGGCUAGACUGUAUUCUUGCACUGUAUCUUCUGAAAAAGCCUAAAAAUGUGUCGGACCUCUAUCAUUUCUGUACCUAUAAAAAAACAUUUUGUUCCUCCUCAGCUCUUCCAGCAACAUUUCCCCAUGAACUGUAGAAACUACUCUAGCAGGAAGGUUUACAGAUGAGUACAGGAAAAGUUAAUGAAAGCACUUGCUGGAACUUGAGAAGGUGGAGCGAUAUGGCAGGAAGAACAUGGGCUUUGGAGUCAGAUCGACCCUGUCAUUUGCUGCCUGUGUGACCUCAGGCAAGUGGUUUGACCUCUCAGAACCCCAUUUCCUCUCUUAUAAAAUGUUUAAUAGUAAUAGUCCCCAGGCUUGUAGUGAGGAUAAAAUGGGGAGAUACAGUGUGAAUAGCGCUUGACACAUUGUCAACGUUCAAUAAAUGUUAGUCUUUUCCUCACUCCUUGAAGUGGAAGAAGAAAUACACUCUUCUGAUUUGUAACACAUACACAUACAUGCACGCGUGCGUGCAGACACACACACAGCUCUAUUAUAUACAAAUAUUGCUGUGUGUUUUCAAAUGUUAAAUGUAAAUUUAUGAAGGUCUUCUGUCUGCUUGAAGCGUGAAAACCUUUCACAGCACGGCACCUCUACUGAAAACAUCUGCAGAUGUUAUAACAUCCAACUAGCCAUGUGUUAGAGCAUCACCUGAGGUUGUGAAGAAACACAUUUGGCCACCAGUAGAGGAGUUUCACAUGACUUUUCCUUCCCUCUGUGGGAAUGCCUGAUGUAAUGAAAGUCUGUUGGGAAAUCCUUUGCUUGAUAUAAGUUUUCAUGAAUGGAACUCAAUUCAUGACUUUGUGAGGGUGAUUGUGCUUUUGGAGCCUCCCAUCCCACCCCCAUGAAAUGAAAUGAUGAAGUGAUGGGUUAUUUAUGGCCACAAGGUUCUCACCUGCAGCCAGAUGCAGGUUUCUGUGCUUCGGACUUCCUCUCCUCCUGAGCACUUCUUUGCUCUAGUCUUGGGAGAAGGCACCACAGCAGGGGCUGAUGUGAGUGGCCACAUCUCGGAGGGGCCCUGGGCAUUUUUCCCAAGAAAAUCUUUGCAGGGCUUUGUCAGUACCUUAGUGCUCUGCUUGCUUGCCAUGACUUGUGUCUGAGUCUUUAGACAGUGUGUCCUGGGUUUCACCCGUGAAACCCACAGUGGCCCAUAGACUACGUUACUACGUUUCAUCUCAUUCUGCCCCUUCUAGGUGCCCCAUGAAAGUGGCCAUGCUUUGUGUGGGUCUAGGGGAGUAAACUAUUCACUCCCAUAAAUGAGCCCAUUAGGAUUUGUCUUAACCGUUUGUCUCCGAAGGGUCAGAGACGCUGUGAUGAAAGGGUUCUCUGUUGCUGUCUGCUUCAUCUCCAUUUUCUGACUUUGAAAGAAAUGACUGCGUGUGAGCUGAUCAUGGGGGCAACUUCAUUGGGGGAGAUGAUUGAGUCCCUCCCGCCCAGCCGACUUUGGAGGCAAGCGGCUCUUCUGUGGGGGAUGACAUCUGAUUCAGAAACCAGGCAGCUUGCUUUCAGGACCCCAGAUGGGUGUGGAGCACUGACAUUUAGAAUGAUCUUGUUUUUGAUGGAAAACAGAGCAUCUUCCCUGGGACAGAACAGAAUACGGAGGUCAGAGCUCUCUCCUCUGUUUGCCACCAUCCUCCCAGUGCUGUGCUGGCCUCUGGGGCAAUAGAAAGGGAUCUGCCUCAUCUCAUCUCAAAGGGAUAUUUGGUCUCAAAGAGGAACCUGAAGACCCGUGGGAAACAAGGAGUUUUCGCCCACGGAAAAUACGAUGAACUCAUAAGAAGCCUUCAUCAAUUGCCUUCUUGCAGAUAAGGUGGGGAAAUUGAAUGUGACCGUAAAUAUAAAAAUUCUUCUGACCUUUUAAAGAGCAAGGCCUGGCAAACAGGUAGGAUUCAGUUUGUCAGUGUUGUAAGGAUGAAUUCCUCUCUCUUACCUAAACCCAUUCCCUAAAGUGAACUAUAAGAUUAAAACUCAAGCAAGAAGAUUUAAGUCAAUAUGCAUAUAUGGAGAGUUGACUAGCUAAUUUGUACCCCUUGUGCAUUUAGACACUUGGCCUGAGUCAUUGUAGGCCAGGGGGUGCCAUUUCUGAGAAUUCCCUGAGCCUGGGAGGAGCAUGUUCAGAUAUAAUGACUGUCCUUGAUGAAGGGAACAAAUAUGCCUGGACGGUCUGCUCUGCUAAACUCCAUGAUGUGAACAAGCCCCUGUGUUCUAGAAUCAGAGAGGAAGACGCACACGUGUAUCUACAGCUCCAAGAUGGGCACAGAUCAAUGUUGGGGGAGUGUUCUAAACAAAGUGGUGUUGCCAUCAAGAGGAAGGUGAAACCCCACCUUGUGUAGUAAAAAAGGAGUGUUUCAUGGAGGUGUCCUUUUGUUGCUUGAGGGCAGGUAGGAUUUCAGUGGGUCGGGGAGGAGGGGAUCCCCAAAAGAGUGUGGCAUGAGCAAAGGCAGGCGGCAGCGAGGGAGAAGCAGGGCCAGUCGCUGUCACUUGUACGGGCUGGCUGGAGCAGCAGACCUUGGAGAUCCACAUGGUCCUGCUUUCCACCCCACUCCUCUCUCUUUGAUGCCAUUGUCUUUGGUCUUCUGUCAUCACAUUCUUCAAGAUUCUUGGAACAGAGUCCCUGGGCCUCCUCUCCACACCCAUUCUCACUGACAUCCAGCCUGGCCGUGGGUGGUGGUCCAAUUUUGUAUCGCCACAAGUCCCCCACUGGCCUCCAUCAGGUGGCGAGGUGAGCCGGUGACCUCAGCUAUUCUCCUUUCUGGGCUACACUUGAGCCUUACAACAACUCACCAAUCUACUCCCACAAACGAAAAUCCCACAGGUCUGCCUUCUGAUCGUGAUCUCCUGUCCUUCACAUCAUUCACUUUCUGACCCCCACUGGCUUGAACUUCUACCCACUGAGACCACCUGUCCCUGACCUCUGUGCCACAUCUACGUGUACCCUCUGUGUCAUCCCUGUCUCUGUGCAAUGAGACCUCUGGUGUCCCUGACACAGUCACUCUCACUGUCCCCCUUGAUUCCCUUGCCCUUGCCCCCUUGCUCCCCAUUUGCCCUUCGUCUGGUUGUCCCUGACCCAAACCAGGCUGCCGAGCAGCACAAAGAACCCUGGCCAUUUAAGGAAGGAGCAGGGAAGGGCAAGGGAAGAGGUGGGAAGCCUCUAAAUCUGUAGGCUAGGAUUAAAAACGAGAGCUGGAGGGAAGGUGGCCAACUAGAACUCAAGAAAAGAGAUAUUUUCAAGAAAAGUGUGAGCAGUGUGUCCGGUGCCACAGAAGGUGUAGGUAGAAAAGAGCCCAUCGGACACGGCAUUGUGGAGGUCACUCGUGGAGGAGGGCUUCUGCACAGUCAAGGUCUUAACAGCUUGGUCCCUCUUCAUGAAUCAUCCCUGGGCAGCUCUUCCAAACCCUCUCCCUCCUCAUCUCUCCAUCUGACACCUUUCUCCCCACUGCCACUCUUUCCUCACCACCUUGCUUCAUAGAUUACUGAAAGCCAAUCAAGGCCAUUAGGCAACAACUCUCCAAGGCUCUCCUCUGUCCAGGGUAACCUCGCCAACAUUGUCCUUUCUUUCUCUCUUGCCUGAAGAUUUCUCUCCCCUUCCACAUUUUCCUGUCCAUUGCUCUCUCAGAUAGUAGUCUUACUCCUGUAUUAACAACCAAUGUUACUUUUUAAAUUUUGUUUUGUUUUAUUUUAUUUAUUUUAUUUUAUUUUUAUUUAUUUUAUUUUCUGUAAAAAGCCAAGUCCUGAUAGUGGUCUCUAGGCUUCUACAUGACCCAGCUCCCCUAACUCUCCCUGGGGUUAGUGGGGAUCCUCUUCCAGCCACACCUGCUUCCUAGGAAUCCUGUGAAGAUGCCAAGUGCCCUCCCACCUAUGGGUUUUCACUUUGAUGAGCUUUGAUGUUCAUUCUACUUGGAUUGUCCUCCCCCCACGCCAGGUUCCUGCUCACCUCCCCUCUUCCCUCAGGCUUCUGGUCAGAUGUCACCUCAGCAGGGAGGUGCCCCCCACCCCCCUCACCCCCCCAUGGCCACCAGCCUCCCAUCUCUCCCCACCUGGCUCCGUUUCUCCUCAGAGCUCAUCGCAUUGUCCUGUUGCUCGUCCCUCUGUAGGUUUGUGCAUUCUGGAGGAUACGCUGCUGGAGGGCAGGACUUCCUUUUGCUCGUGGCUGUGGCUCCAGCCCCUGGAGGAGCAGGCGCUCCUUACUUGCUGUGGUGGUGGGAUCAAUGCUCCCUCCCAAGCUCGGGUCACUCCCAUCUUAACACAAACCAACCGUCAAAAAACAAAAGCCAAUCCCUCUAGUCCUAUUCAGCUUCUGUCUCAUCUCCCUUUCUUCACAGACAACCUUCUGGAAAGGCUCCUCCACACUUGCAGUAUGGACUUUCUCAGCUAUGGUUCAUCCCUCCACACAGAAUCCAGCCCAGCUUGGAAUACGAGUGACCUCCAUAUUGCCGUGUCUGACAGGCUCUUUUCUACCUACCCCUUCUGUGGCACCGGACACACUGCUCAUAAUUUUUUUGAAAAUAUCUCUUUUCUUGAGUUCUAGUUGGCCACUUUCCCUCUAGCUCUCAUUUUUAAUCCCAGCCUACCGAUUUGGAGGCUUUCCACCUCUUCCCUUGCCCUUCCCUGCUCCUUCCUUAAAUGAUCGUGUUUUCCAUGAUUCAGAGGCUGGACCUCUGCUCUCUCAUUCUGCACAUUCUCCCUUGCUUUCUUGAUCCAUAAUGGCUCACCUAUCCACGACGCUCUCAUCCCUCUGAUUGACCAGACUCUGCUGGGCUCCAGUCCUGUGUAUCCAACCACCUAAAGGACACUUGGACUCGAUGCCAGGUGCACCAUUCUUUUUAUAUUCCUUUCUCAGUGAAUGACACCAAUAGUCACCCUGUCACCCCAGCGAUGCUCUUCCCUUUGCAUAGAUUGCUCUUCCCUCUUCAUUUAUCCAUCUACAUCCUGUUCAUAUGUCAGCCACUCAGGAGCACUUUCCUGGGACCCAAGUUCCUGGGUGGCCAUUUCCCACCUUCUCUUUCUCAGUCUCUCACUGUCUCCUUCUUGCCCUUACUCUCAGCUGAUGGUUUGCUUUCUUUUUCACAAGUAUAGAAGCAACUAGAAGAAAUCUUCCACAUCUUACCCAUAUCACAUCUAUAGAUCUAGCUGCAUUUCUUUGCACGUAGGCUCCCUUUUUACUCUGAGGGAACUCAAGGUGCCCUUGGCUAAGGGGAGCCCCCACCCCUGUGUGAGGUACAAUUUUGGUAGGUACAAUUUUCACAGAAAAAUUAUUCCAAAAAUUAUUAACUUUUUCCUGUGACUGAACAUGAAAAUUUGUCACUUCUCAAGGAUCUAUGGGUUGACUGAGCUUAGCUGUGUGCUGUCCAAUUGGGGUCUCUUGUAGCUGCGGCCAGAUGUUGGUGGAGGCAGCAGGGGUCUGAAGGCUGUACAGGGUGGGGCAUCCAAGAUGGCACACUCUUAGCGUUGAUAGAUGGCCGUGGGCUCAGUUGGAGAGAUUGUCCAGAGUUCUUACACUUGACCUCUUGGUGUGGCUAGAGUUUCUUACAACAUGGCAACUGUCUUCUGACAGGAACCUUCUUGAGAAUGAACUUUUCCAAGAGGCCAAAAAUCAACUGCUGUUUUCCCACUUAAACCAAUCAGCAUGUGGUUGAAACUACAAGUUUUUUCCC